UUUAAGAAAGCUGAUGAAAUCUGCAAGUUGUAAACACAGUGCACAUCCGACUUCGUUGGGUUAAGAUUGUAAUACCUCACGUUAUUCUUUGACACUGCUUUUGAGAUCAUGAAAUUUUUAAGAAUUUUCAUUUCUUCAACUAGCUUUUGAUGAAGAUACAUGAUGUCAUUUGUUGUAUUCUCUCUCUAUAAAGUGAUUUAUUAUGAAGCAAGACAUGUCAUCGAUUGAAUUGAAAGAGCAAGGAAAUAAAUUUUUUAAUGCUAGAAAAUUCGAUGAUGCCGUUUCAUGUUACAGCAAAGCAAUAAUAUUAAAUCCUCAAAUUCCACAAUAUUUCACCAAUAGAGCAUUAUGUUAUCUAAAGUUACAUCAGUGGGAACUUGCUAGUCAAGACUGUAGAAGAGCCCUUGAAUUAGAUUGCUCAUCUGUCAAAGGUCACUUUUUUUUAGGACAAGCUUUAUUGGAAUUGGAGAAUUAUGAUGAAGCUAUUAAAUAUCUUCAGAGAGCUAGUGAUCUGGCUAAAGACCAACGUCUGAACUUUGGAGAUGAUAUUGCUAGCCAAUUAAGAAUAGCUAAAAAGAAAAGAUGGACAGUUCAAGAAGAGAAGAGGAUAGGUCAAGAAAUAGAACUACAGACCUACUUAAAUAGGCUGAUACUUGAAGAUAAAGAAAGAGAAAUUGCACAAUUGGAAGCAAUUGGCAUCAGAAGUCAAAAUGAGAUAGUUCGGCUGACAGAAAAAUUUGAUCGGUAUCAAAAGGAUUUGAAUAGUAUGUUUGAUAAAAUUGAUGAAAGAAGAAUGAAAAGAGAUGUUCCAGAUUAUUUAUGUGGAAAAAUCAGCUUUGAUAUAAUGAGAGAACCUGUUAUCACUCCUAGUGGAAUAACAUAUGAUAGGAAAGAUAUUGAAGAGCAUUUACAAAGAGUUGGCCAUUUUGAUCCAGUUACUAGAACUCCUUUGGUUCAAGAGCAAUUGAUCCCAAAUCUCGCUUUGAAAGAAGUUGUUGAUGCGUUUAUUGCUGAAAAUGAAUGGGUUGUUGACUAUUAAAAUUUUAUCUUGUUCUUUUUUUCAUGAACCAUUUGUAUGAUUUGAAAAGAUUAAUGGCAAUUAUAUCUAUGUAAAAUAUGGAAUUAUUUUUAAAAUUAUUAAUUUUUUAGUGAAGUUAUUUUAUGUAAUUGAUUUGUGUUGUAUAUGCAAGAGUUCUGAAUUAUGUUCCAUUUUGCUUAUAUAUAUAUAUAUCAUUUUUCAGUAAAUAACAAGCAUGGUGCAUAAUUUUUGGUAAUUUCUUGAAUUCUAAUUGUACUUAUUUCAUCUUUUAUUAUUGAUUUUAAAAAAUGUUUUGUAAAUAGAAAGUAUAUUUUUGAAAAAGUGCAUUAUCUCUUUCUUUUAAACUGGUAUUCGCAGUAUCGUCUUUUCUAAAAAAUGAUUUGGCAUAACUUUCUAUACAUGCUAUUCUAAAUUUUUAGUUUCUAUAUAAUUUUUCAGUGAAUGAUGUUAAAAGUGAAAGUAAUCUAUGCAUUACAAUAAAAAAAAUUGCAAUAUAUGUUCUAUAUAGAUUGAAAUAAAAAUAUAUUGUUUAGAAAUCAUUUCCUGUGGGUCAAAUAUAAGUUAUUUUCUGAAAAAUAUAUAUAUGCUGAAGUUACAAAUGUGCAUAUUCUGCUGAAGGAUUCAUGUAUUUACUCAAUUUAAAUAAUCUAAAUAUUUUAUAGAAUGAUCAUAGUAUUCAUAGUUGCUUAUAACCAGUUUUUAUAUUAUUAAUUAAGAAUGCAAAACAUUAUUUUAAAAAAAAAAACUUUGUUACUCUAAAAUAUUUUGGUAGUGAAAUCAUUUUUUUUAUAAAAUUAAAAAUAGAGUUUUUAUUUUAAUUUUCUACAAUAAUUUUUAUAUUGUUUGCAAAUUAUUUUUUCCAUAGAUUCUAUUUAAAUUUUUGCUUAUAAAGUUAUGACAAUUAUUUGCUUAAUAGAAAUAAUUUGUUAUUGAUUAAUUAUCUUACAGUAUUAAGAAACUAUCAAUGAAUAAGCUUUACUGAAAAUUUCUUAUUAUUCAUAUGAAAACUCUUAAAUGAAUCAGCAGAAUAUUCAUUUUAAAAGUAUUAUGCUUAUUAACAUAAGCAAGUUGUUUUUUUAAUUUUUUUUUAUUAUUUUACAUUUUAAGUGAAAACCGCAUAAAAUCUAUUUUUUAUAACUAUUCUGAGAAUAAUUCAAGACUGUCAGAAACAAAAUUUGCAAUCCCCCCCCCCCAUAUGUUACUACUAUUUGAAACCAUCCUAUCAGGAUGGUUUAAAUAAUAAUAAAAAAAAUCCUGAUAUUUUAAAUUAAAAAUUUCUCAGGAUACUACAUUUGGAGUUUUGCAAAGACAAUAUUGAGAGGACUUGUAAAAUUCAUUUUUUUAAAUGAAUUUUUUGUGUAUGUUAUAGUCAUUUUCGUGUUGAUUUAGUAUAAAUAAAAAAAAUUGUAUUCUGUG